AUGGAUAAGGCGACGUCGAUUUUGAAUGGAAAGUUUAUCUUCAAAGCCCUGCCAGAUGGUGGUAUUGACAGGACAAAAGCGAUAUGCAUUUACUGUAAAUCUGUGUUUAGUUUCCACCGGAGCACGAGCAGUCUGAAGUAUCACUUAGCUGCAAAGCAUACAGCUGACGCGGAGAGCCCUCCGCCACCCUCUAAUCUAAAACAAACGACUCUGGGUGGUGUGGCACGGAGACCACUAGACGUGUCCACCACCCGCCAACUUUCAACAGAGCUAGCUAAAUGGGUGUCUACGUCUUGCAGGCCGAUUAGUAUUGUGGAGGACGAGGGUCUGCGCAACAUCAUUCGCAUCGCCUCCGGUGACUAUACGUAUGCACUGCCUUGCAGAACUACUACAACAACAAAGAUGCACGACUUGUAUGAAGGUGAGAGAGCCAAAGUAGCGGAGGCUGUAGCUCAGACUAGCACUGUGGCGCUCACUGGUGACUACUGGACCUCACUCGGUAAUCACAGCUACCUCGGCGUCACAGCACAUUAUUUUGACAGCAAGUGGGUGCUCAAGUCUCAUGUGUUGACUGUUAUGAAGACAGAGGAGAGGCACUUGGCCAACACAGUUGCAGAGCACUUCAUGAAAGUAGCUCAGGAGUGGGACAUUGAAAACAAAGUCAGCACAUUGACCACCGAUAGUGCACGCAAUAUGAUAGCGGCGUCCAGGGAGCUCCCCUUUGAACACAUGCCUUGCGCCGCACACCUGCUGCAACGAGCCAUCACAGUGACUCUAAAUAACAGCCCAUUUGAUGGUGUACUGGCAAAGUGCAGGAAAGUUGUGGGACAUUUCAAACACAGCCCACCAAAUGCAGCAGGACUGGAGCAGCAGCAAGUUGCUCAUGGCUUACCAAAAGAUGCUCUCACACAGGACGUUUCCACUAGGUGGAACAGCACCCUAGAGAUGGUGAGGAGUGUUCUUAAAAAUAAAGAACCACUGAAAAAUACCCUGGCCCUGCAUACAACCAAAGUCACCAUGCCUACACCAGCAGAGAUGGAUAAACUGCAGAAGCUGGAGGCAGUGCUGGAACCCUGCAGGUACAUAACUGAACUCCUGGGAGGAGAGAAGUAUGUAUCCUCUUCAGUGGUCCUGCCAGCCCUGUCCCAUCUCUACAAUGCCAUGCAGGUCUCUGAGGAUGACCCAGCAUACCUGGCGAAAUUCAAGGAGGCCCUCAUGAACGAUCUGGAUCAGCGAAAAGACAAAACCAACAUGGAAUGGCUUAAGGUUGCGACGGCUCUCGACCCGAGGUUUAAGGACCUAAAGUCUCUCAACAAAGCUGACAGGGCUGGGGUGUGGCGUUCCAUCACUGCCUUGCUCAGGGGGAUAAGCCCUGCCCAACCGGAACAACCGACGACGUCUGAGCCUCCCAAGAAAAGGUUAGCUCUCAUGUUCGCAGAGUCUUCAACUGAUGACGAGGAGGACACUAUUGAGACUUGUCUAGCCCGCUACAGGGCGGAGCCCACUAUUGACUUGGAGGCAUGUCCGCUGGAGUGGUGGUCCAACCAUGAAGGUGCACACAGCUUGAUGGCCCGCCUUGCACGCAAGUACCUGGCAACACCUGCCACCUCUGUACCAUGUGAGAGAUUGUUUUCACUGUCUGGGCACAUUGUUCAGAAGAAGCGAGCCUCCCUGUUAGCUGAAAAUGUCAACAGGCUCGUCUGUUUGAGCGACUGGCUCAGUCCAGAGAGUCCCAAGAAAACAUAA